AUGAAACCGUGCAACCUUCUGUCCGGACUUCUAGCUCUCGUCAAUGCUUGUCUGGUUGUUGGCAGACCCUCAAACUCCGGAUGUACACGUCUGCAAGAUGGUAGCGGCCCAGUCCCCAUCCCAGAUACAGCCAAGAGCUUCCAAAACUCGUCACUGUUUUCUACGUUUGCAGUUCAAGCACGUGCACCGGAAGGAUGGAUGCAAAUGUACUCGAACCUCAGCAGCAUUACUGGCACCAAUACCACCGGCUAUCUUGGCUUCAGCCUCCUCGAGUCGUAUGACACUUCCCUCUGCUCGGCUCGGUGCUUGAAAAAGAAGAAUUGCAUAGGCAUCAAUGUGUACUUCGAGCGGGCGCCAACCGUCAUGCCUGGGCUAGCCUGUUCAAACCCUGCCUCAACAACACUGAUCAAAUGUGCAUAUUUCGCCUCAGUCGUCAAGAAGGACACUGCCAUCAACUCUGGUUAUAAGGAGAAAGACUUUGAUAUUGUCUAUGCCGGAAGCAACGCAUAG